GGGGGGAGGGGGAACGAGAAGAACCGACGAAUCGGGUGAGAGAAGAAGCAUACAGCAGAAGGUGCACAUCGGUGCACGUACGAGACGAAGUGACGGCACGCCGAAACCGAAACGCAAGAGCGUCGAGCCAGAAACGAUUAAUGUCGCAUUUCCGUACUGUUUUUCUACACGAUAGUCUUGUCCAGUGAGUGAUAUCCUCGGUGUUACGAACGUAAUAUCUGGUGAUUUUAAAGAAUGGCAUCCGACGAGGAGGUGGACGAGAGCUACGCGGGGGAAGAUGAUAUAGAUGAAACUGGAGGUCAAGUUACAAAUGUUAAUCAACAAGUAGAUGGUUCUUCUGACGCAGAAGAAUCUCAGAGACUAGAAGAAGAUGAUGAUUAUGAGCCGGAGGAAAGGAAAAAGAAGAAAGGGAAGAAACGAAAGGCAAGGAGCGAAGAUAAAAAGGGGAAGAAAAAGAAGAAAAAGAAAAAAUCUGAUUCUGGAGAUGAAAGCGAUUUUGGAGGUGGUGGUGAAACAGGUGAUGUAGCUGGAGAUGAUAGUGACUAUGCAGGGAAUAGAAAAAGUAGAAAAUCUUCUUCCAGAAAGUCAUCCAGUCAUAAUACAUCAGCUCCGACAAAUCAAGAGCCGACGACAGGCAUGCCUACGAUCGAGGAAGUGUGUAAUACCUUCGGAUUGACCGAUGUACAGAUAGAAUACACCGACGCGGAUUUCCAGAACUUAACGACAUACAAAUUGUUCCAACAACACGUUAGACCCCUUCUAACGAAGGAGAAUCCAAAAGUGCCGAUGUCGAAAUUAAUGAUGCUGGUUGCUGCUAAAUGGCGAGACUUCUCUGAACUGAAUCCUCACACGCAACCGGACGCUGACGUGUCGUCCGCAAACGUGGACGAGGACAGUAGAAACGCGAGAGCGAAUCGUGGGGGCGGGGUGCAGGAGGGUGAGGACGAGGAGGACGACGACGAGGACAGCGAUAGAAAGCGAAAAUCGCGGGGCUCCAGAGCGAAGAAAGGGAAGAAAGCUUCCAAGGUGCCGACGCUCAAGAUAAAACUUGGUAAACGCAAACGGGGAAGCUCGGACGAGGAGGCGGAGGGCAGCGGCGCCGGCACCGACAGAGAUUCCGACAUGGAGUUCGAACAGAUGUUGGCCGAUGCCGAGGAACCCACCGGCACGGACGGCUCCACUAAAGGCAACACGGAGGAGAACGGGGUCGAACCGCCGGCGGAACCACCUGUUCGCAGGAAGGCGAAGACUAAAAUCGGAAACAAAACUAAGAAGAAAAAAAAGACGAAAACAACGUCCAAGUUUCCGGAUGGAGAGGAGGGCCUUCAGACUGAUCAUCAAGAUUAUUGCGAAGUAUGCCAGCAAGGUGGAGAAAUCAUAUUAUGCGACACUUGUCCCAGAGCGUACCACUUGGUAUGUUUAGAGCCUGAAUUGGAAGAAACACCUGAAGGAAAAUGGAGUUGUCCUCAUUGCGAAGGAGAAGGUAUUACAGGUGCAGCCGAGGACGACGACGAACAUAUGGAAUUCUGUAGAAUAUGUAAAGACGGUGGUGAAUUGUUAUGUUGUGAUAGUUGUACCAGCGCGUACCAUACGCAUUGUUUGAAUCCACCGCUGUCGGAGAUCCCUGACGGAGAUUGGAAGUGUCCAAGGUGUUCUUGUCCGCCUAUACCUGGAAAAGUUGCAAAAAUCUUAACAUGGAGGUGGAAAGAGUGUUCGGAAUCGCCAUCGGAGGAGCCUUCGACGAGUAAAGCUGCGCCUAAGCAACGUAAAAUACGGGAAUUCUUUGUGAAAUGGGCAGAUAUGUCUUAUUGGCAUUGCGAUUGGAUCACAGAAUUACAGCUCGACGUUUUCCACCCUCUUAUGUUCAGGAACUAUUCAAGAAAGUACGACAUGGACGAGCCACCAAAGUUAGAAGAACCAUUAGACGAAAGCGAUACCCGUGUGAAACGAUUGAAGGAACAGGAUGGUGCCCUGAACAGGGACGAUUAUAAUUUAGAAGAACGGUUUUAUCGUUACGGAGUUCGUCCAGAAUGGCUCGUCGUGCAUCGUGUGAUUAAUCACCGCCUAUCCAGAGACGGCAGAGCCACGUAUCUCGUUAAAUGGCGAGAACUUGGCUACGACCAGGCCACUUGGGAGGACGAGCACGAAGAUAUUCCUGGUUUAAAGCAGGCUAUCGAGUACUAUUUGGAUCUCAGAGCAGCGAAUUGUUGCGACGGUAGCACCUCUCGCAAGGGCAAGAAGGGUGAGAAGAGUAAGGGGAAAAAAUCAAAGACUCGCGAGCUUAUCGACGACGAGGAGAGGACACCCAAACGGUACACUCCACCGCCUGAUAAACCCACGACGGAUCUUAAGAAAAAGUAUGAGCGACAGCCGGAAUACUUGGAUCAAACUGGGAUGCAGUUGCAUCCUUAUCAGUUAGAAGGUUUGAACUGGUUAAGAUAUUCAUGGGGCCAAGGAAUAGAUACAAUUUUAGCAGACGAGAUGGGCUUAGGGAAAACCAUCCAGACCAUUACAUUCUUGUAUUCUCUGUACAAAGAAGGACAUUGCAAAGGACCUUUCCUCGUGUCUGUUCCUUUAUCAACCAUUAUAAAUUGGGAACGUGAAUUUGAAACCUGGGCGCCUGAUUUUUAUUGUGUCACCUAUGUUGGUGACAAAGACAGUCGCAUCGUGAUCCGCGAGAACGAAUUAUCCUUCGAGGAGGGUGCUGUCCGCGGGGGUCGAGCAUCGAAGAUCCGAUCGAGCCAAAUUAAAUUCAACGUCCUCCUCACCAGCUACGAGCUGAUCUCCAUCGAUUCAGCCUGUCUGGGAUCGAUCGACUGGGCCGUGUUGGUGGUGGACGAGGCGCACAGGCUAAAAUCAAAUCAGUCAAAAUUCUUCAGAUUAUUAGCCUCUUACAAUAUCGCCUACAAAUUACUCCUAACCGGUACCCCAUUGCAAAAUAACUUGGAGGAACUUUUCCACUUAUUGAAUUUCCUGUGUCGAGACAAGUUCAACGAUCUGGCCGCUUUCCAAAACGAGUUCGCUGAUAUUUCAAAGGAGGAGCAAGUAAAGAAACUGCACGAAUUGCUUGGACCUCACAUGUUGAGGAGAUUAAAGGCUGAUGUAUUAAAGAAUAUGCCAAGCAAGUCAGAAUUCAUUGUACGCGUUGAAUUAUCUCCUAUGCAAAAGAAAUAUUACAAAUACAUCUUAACGAGAAACUUUGAAGCUCUGAACCCCAAGGGCGGUGGUCAACAAGUGUCUCUGUUGAAUAUCAUGAUGGAUCUUAAGAAGUGCUGCAAUCACCCUUACUUAUUCCCAGCUGCGUCCCAGGAAGCACCAACUGCGCCAAAUGGAACCUAUGAGACCUCUGCGUUGAUCAAAGCAGCUGGGAAAUUAGUGUUGUUAAGCAAAAUGUUGAAGAAAUUGAGGGACGAUGGGCAUAGAGUACUGAUCUUUUCUCAGAUGACUAAGAUGCUGGAUAUCCUUGAGGAUUACCUGGAAGGCGAAGGGUACAAGUAUGAGAGAAUUGAUGGUAACAUCACUGGAGCUCAACGACAGGAAGCCAUUGAUAGAUUUAAUGCUCCUGGUGCUCAGCAAUUUGUCUUUUUACUCUCCACUCGUGCUGGCGGUCUGGGCAUAAAUUUGGCAACUGCCGAUACUGUAAUCAUUUAUGAUUCAGACUGGAAUCCGCAUAAUGAUAUCCAAGCGUUCAGCAGAGCUCACAGAAUCGGUCAGGCUAAUAAAGUAAUGAUCUAUAGAUUCGUGACGCGUAAUUCUGUGGAGGAGCGAGUCACUCAGGUGGCGAAACGUAAAAUGAUGCUGACGCAUCUGGUCGUCAGGCCUGGAAUGGGUGGAAAGGGGGCUAAUUUCAGUAAACAAGAACUCGAUGACAUUUUACGGUUCGGUACCGAGGAACUGUUCAAAGAAGAAGAAGGUAAAGAAGACGAGGCAAUUCAUUACGACGACAAAGCAGUUGCUGAAUUAUUAGACAGAAGCAAAGAGGGUAUCGAACAGAAAGAGAACUGGGCGAAUGAGUAUUUAAGUUCCUUCAAAGUCGCGUCGUACGUGACGAAGGAAGGUGAAACAGAGGAGGAAGCAGACACAGAGAUUAUAAAACAGGAAGCCGAGAACACGGAUCCUGCUUAUUGGAUCAAACUCUUGAGGCAUCAUUACGAACAACAGCAAGAGGACAUUGCUAGAACGCUUGGAAAAGGUAAACGAAUACGUAAGCAAGUGAACUACAACGAUGGAGUGGUUACUGGUGAUCAGAGCACAAGAGAUGAUCAACCCUGGCAAGAGAACCUGUCCGAUUACAACAGCGACUUCAGUGCACCGAGUGACGAUGAUAAAGAAGACGAUGACUUCGAUGAAAAGGGUGACGGGGAUCUUUUGUCUCGCAGAAGCAGGCGAAGAUUGGAGAGAAGAGACGAGAAGGAUCGUCCUCUUCCUCCGUUGCUUGCACGGGUUAAUGGGAACAUUGAGGUGUUAGGCUUCAAUGCCAGGCAAAGAAAAGCAUUCCUCAAUGCGAUUAUGCGUUACGGCAUGCCACCGCAGGACGCGUUCAACUCUCAGUGUAUAUUGUCGCAUUUCAGGCUGGUGCGCGAUCUGAGGGGUAAAUCGGAGAAGAACUUCAAGGCGUACGUUUCCCUGUUCAUGCGACACCUCUGCGAGCCCGGUGCCGACAACGCUGAAGCUUUUGCGGACGGCGUACCACGAGAGGGUCUCAGCAGGCAGCACGUUCUGACGAGAAUCGGAGUGAUGUCUUUAAUUAGAAAAAAGGUACAAGAGUUCGAGCACAUAAACGGAUAUUAUUCCAUGCCCGAGAUGAUCCGAAAACCUGUCGAGCCCGUGAAAGUGGAACCUGGCGCAGAAGCAGCGACCGGCACGAGUAGCACCAGUGCCACACCUGCUACGUCGAACGCGCCCAGUCCGAGUCCUGCUGCAACUCCAACUCCGCUUACAGUUCCCGGAACAGCCAGCACAGAAACGAGCAAGGUCAAUUCCGAUGCCUCUGAGGCGAAGGAAUGUAAAGAGGAGCCAAAAGACAAAGAUAGCGUAGACGGGAAAGACGUGAAGGAAGAACCGAAAGAUGCGAAGGAGGAGGAGGAUAGUAACGCAGAGAAGGAUAAAGAGAAGGAAGAUGUGAAGAAAGAAGAGAAGGACGCGGACACGGAAGGAACCGACAAAGAGAAGGAUGCAAAAGAUGUUAAGGAUGAGAAAUCAGCGGCGAAGAGCGACGAGAAAGUAGAAAGUAGUGAUAAUAAACCAAAACAAGAUUCAGAAGAGGACGUGGUUAUUGUUAAAGAUGAUGAGGAAGAAACUGAAAAGCGAGAGGAUAAGGACAGCAAAGAUAAAGAUGUAAAGGACUGUGAUUCAGAGAUACUGAAACCCAAACGCAAAUUCAUGUUCAACAUUGCAGACGGUGGUUUUACAGAAUUACAUACACUGUGGUUGAACGAGGAAAAAGCUGCAGUACCUGGUCGCGAAUACGAAAUAUGGCAUCGAAGACACGACUACUGGCUACUGGCUGGUAUCGUUACACACGGCUAUGGACGCUGGCAAGACAUCCAAAACGACAUCAGGUUCGCGAUAAUAAAUGAACCGUUCAAAAUGGACGUGGGUAAGGGUAACUUUUUAGAGAUAAAGAAUAAAUUCCUGGCCCGACGCUUUAAGCUAUUGGAACAAGCGUUGGUGAUAGAGGAACAAUUGAGAAGAGCAGCGUACCUGAAUCUAACGCAGGAUCCAAAUCAUCCUGCGAUGAGCCUGAAUGCAAGAUUUGCCGAAGUCGAGUGCCUUGCAGAAUCGCAUCAACACCUUAGUAAAGAAAGCCUUGCGGGCAAUAAACCAGCGAACGCUGUAUUGCAUAAAGUACUAAAUCAAUUAGAAGAACUACUGUCUGAUAUGAAAUCAGACGUGAGUCGUUUACCGGCAACGUUAGCUCGUAUUCCACCGGUUGCUCAAAGACUUCAGAUGUCUGAAAGGUCGAUAUUGAGCCGACUGGCCGCCACCGCACCCGGUGGCAGUAGUUCUCAGUCUGGUCAGGCAGCCCUGUUAGCACAACAAUUUCCAGCAGGCUUCUCUGGAGGACAAUUACCGGCUACAUUUGCCGGUGCUGCCAACUUUGGCAAUUUUAGACCACAAUACUCAGUACCGGGUCAACCACCGCAAGGUUUCACAGCUUGAAGAUUAAAUGGUUGACAGACAAUGGCUCAAACGUGAACUCGUAAUGGCGCAAAUUACACUACCUUAAUGAGAUCGUGUGCGCUAUAUUAUUUUUCGUAAAUUACGAUUUUUAGCUGAAUUUCAUUAGAGAAAAGACGCUAAAGUAUUAAAAAAAAGAAAGAAAAAAAAAUGAAAAAAACACACGCGUAAUAUCUUACAUCUAAAUUACAUUAUUCCUGUAUUUAUUACAUGUACAUUCGAGGGUUAGCAUCAAGAUUUUCAUGUUUUGUAUUUAUACAAUACGGUCCUUGUGGAAAGUGGCAUAAAUUAUUUUCUUAAACUAAUUUAAGAGCAUGAUUUAUACCUCUUCAUCGACCGGAGUGUAUCGUAUCGUAACGAUAAGUACAUUUUACUUAAAGAAAAAAAAAAAGAAAACUUAUUUAAGAGAUAUAGAUUUGCGUGGAUCGUAAGGUGCGCUGAUUAGACGCGCUAAUUAUUCUGAUAAUUUAUUCACUUCUUUUUUUUUCCACGACAAUAAUUUCGUUUUGGAUACCUGAACGACUUAAUUACGGUCCAAGAUAUCACGGUAUCUUUGGUCUAUUAUUUAACGGUUCAAUCAUUUUCUUUGGAUUGCAUGUUUACAUAUGAGUACCAAGAAACGCUACCAACAAUGAUUACUGACAACAAUGUACGAUAAACAAUGGCAAUCAUUUUAGUUAAGACUGACGUGUUAACAUAUUACAUUCGAGAUAAUUCAUUUCAUACACACACACACAUACACACACUAUAUAUGAUACACGCUACUGUAAUGCAUGGGUUUUAUAUAAUAAUUAAAUAAGAACGAUGAGGUUUUUCAUACACACUUUAAUCCUCAUUUUUCAACUAUUAGGUGUACAAAUUAAUUCGGUGCCAUUGCUUUUUUUAAUUAAUGGCUUAUUUUUGAGAGGUUAUAGUAACUACAAUUAUUGAAUUUAUCGAUAUCGUAUUCUCGCGCCAUUUUUCAAUUUCGCAAAAGCGCGGGAAAAUAGUUCGAAUUUUAAAUAGUAAUUAAGGUACCGAAUUCAUUUGUACACCUAAUAUUCAAAUAAAUCAUGGAUACUAUAUAUGUGUAUGUAUAUUUACACGAGAGUCGAAAAGAGAGCAGAGGCACAAAAAAAAAAAUAAGUCUGUUUGAUACUUAAGUAUUAUAACAAUGCACACGGUAAUAAUUACACUAAUACGUAAUUCAAUGUUUCAGGGAACCGAAUUCCUUUAACUCGUGAUUCACAAUUAAGCGCAAGAUCAUUAAGUAGGACUUAGGUUCGAAUUUGAUAAUUCAGUCAUAAUUUGAUAAUACUUUGUAUAUAUUGUCGAUUUUUCCAUAACGUUCUGCACCAUUGUAACAGGAACACACACACAGGUAUAUUAUAUAGUAUUCAUAAGGUAAAAAACAGAAAGCACCUAAACGCAUCCCAUGCAUUAUAUUAGUAAUACAAUUAUAUAAAUGUAAUUACGACAGGAAGGUUUAACAAGUUUUCAGUAAACACAUUAAUUGUUCGAUCUUUUCUACCCCCCCAGAUGCGAGACGACACUAGAGCAUUUUAAUUUUCAAUUAACCAGUUUGCCAAAUUACUGCGCUGGCACAUGAUGAUAAGUUUUCAAGGGUAAUUUAGGAUGUAGCCAAGGAAUUUAAGAGAAUGCGAGUGAGAGAGUGAGAGAAAGUGAGAGAGAAAGGAAUGAAUGGACAAGAUAAAUUGAAAAGUAAGUCAAACCACGGAAAAUCGUUUGUUGUAUGUAUUAGUUCUGCUGGAAUAAAUUAAUAAUAAUUAGAAAUUACAGUGGUACUUAAUAUUUCUGUUUAAUAAAUUGUGAAUCUCUUGAAA